ACAAGAGGGCGGGGCCAGCCCCACAUGAUUUGACAGCAGGUCGCAUUGCGCGGUUUAGGCUGAGUUAUAUACUUUAUGAUGGGUAUGUUGGUGAGGAAAAACCGCCACACACACACAACCACUAUCUUCUCUGUUAUUUAACUAUUUUGAUCCGACUUUUUUGGACCAUUCCGUAGGUCCUGACCGCCUACCGACGAGAACCAAGGACACCCUCUCUAACUGACGUCACAGGAUCCGUUCCAACACGGAAACCGUAAUGGUGGGGGCUCGUCGUUUAGUCGUUACCUGCAGUCGGUAUUGUUGUGAUGGUCUCAGAUCUCUCAUCUACUUCUAUCCACAACCUGUUACACACGUUAAAGAAAACACGUCAAUCUGAAAGAAGACUAAGAAAAAAUGUUCAACAAACGAAUCCCUGUCGCUGUGUGACCAAAAUGGACGAUCGCUGGAGAAAGUUGACAGAUAAAUCGACCUCUGUUCUUGUAAGUUUAACACGUUUCUUUCCGUUGAUCGAGAUUCCCGUUUGUAGAUCUACAACCAUGGCGAAGUUAGCACGCUGUCUCCUGCUGCUGUUGCUGCUGUCUUGGAAAGGAACCGAUUUACAGGUGAAGUCAGUGAGUGUAACUCUACCAGAGUCUCUAUUGUUUGUGUCUACUCUGGAUGGGAGUCUACAUGCUGUUUCCAAGCAGUCUGGAGACAUCAAAUGGACCCUCAAAGAAGAUCCCAUCAUCCAGGUGCCUGUCUACCUUACUGAGCCAGGGUUUCUCCCUGACCCCAACGAUGGCAGUCUCUACGUCCUGGGAGGAAAACACAAGGAAGGACUGAUGAAACUGCCCUUCACCAUCCCAGAGCUGGUCCAGUCUGCUCCCUGUAGGAGUUCUGAUGGAGUCCUUUACACUGGUAAGAAGCAGGAUGUAUGGUUCGUGGUGGACCCCCAGACAGGAGAGAAACAGACCAGCCUCUCCACAUCAUCAUCUGACUCCAUCUGCCCCAAUGCACCACUGCUAUACAUAGGAAGAACAGAGUACAUGAUAACGAUGUAUGAUACGAAGACACAGGAGCUGAGGUGGAACGCAACAUACAACGACUACUCUGCCCCGCCGUACGAUGAGAAACACGACUACAAGAUGGCCCAUCUUGUCUCCAGUGGGGAUGGGUUGGUGGUGACCGUAGACAGAGAGUCAGGCACGUUUACCGUCAGGUAA